CUGUGUCCCUUGGACACAGCGGAUCACCGAUCACGGAAAGAGCCGAAGAUGUCGGCUUGGUCAUGUGAACAGCUGUGUCCAAUCACAGCUGAUCACAUGGCACUGAUGAUCAGUGUAGCCCCAGCAGUGCCACCUGUCAGUGUCCAUCAGUGCCUUAUGUCAGUGCUCAUCAGUGCCUCGUGCCAGUGCCCAUCAGUGCCACAUAUCAGUGCCUACCAGUGCACAUCAAUGCCACAUAUCAGUGCCCAUCUGAGUUGCCUUUCAGUGUCACCCAUCAGUGCCAUUCAGUGCUACCUAUCAAUGCCAAUCAGUGCCACCUAUCCGUGCUGCUAAUCAGUGCCAGUCAGUACCGCCUAUCAGUGCCAGUCAGUGCCGCCUAUCAGUGUGCAUCAGUGCUAGUCAGUGCUGCCUAUCAGUGCCAUAUAUCAGUGCCAUGUAUCAGUGAUGCCUUUCAGUG